UGCCCGGACGGUUGUAGCAGACUCGGAUCAAGAUCGCGUACCGACUCGUCGGAUAUUAACUCAGUGACGUGUCUGUGCUCCGUGAAGUGCCUGUGAAAUAUUAAUUAGUAAAUUUUGUAGUUGUGCCCGUGAACGUAUUUGCGCGCAGAUUCACGGAAUCCGUACACAGUAUCGGAAUGAAACGUCAAGAAAACAAAACCACGAAGCGAACAAGAAGGUAGCAGUGCAAAAUGACUAUAAAUUUAAGUGCUAUGUGACGGUCUACAGUGCCAAAACAAUGUAUUGCUGUAGAGAACUGAAACUAUUCUAUACUGCCCUUGUUUUGUUACUUAAAACUGAAUUAAUGAACAGUGCAAUGGAAUCGAAGAAGUCUUCCAUGUUGGUGUCGCAGAACGCCGACGAUUUUAGGUCAUUGGAGCUUUGCACCUCACGGAAUCAGCAGAGGCUUGGUAGUGUCUUUGGGAAUUUUACGAGGCAUCACAAAAAAGGUCAUAGACGAAGAACAACAACCUCAACAUCAACAACAAUGGGGUACACGACCGAAGAAUCAACAUACGUACCAGAAACAACAGAAUACAUAAUGUCAACUUACCACCCGAAAAUACCAAAACCGCUUCGCCUAUCAUCUUCUAAUUUAGAUAAUGAUUAUAAUGAUAAUGUACAUAACAUAGAUAACGAUAGUGAACAUAACGUAAUAAGACAUAAUAGAAUAGGUAAUGAAGAAAUUGUUGAUCUUUUAGACGAGAGUGCAUUAGCUAAAUCUCUAAAUAAAGUUAAGAAAAUGUAUAGAGAUUCGUCAGCGUCAGUUGCUAAUAAAUUGAAUAGUAAAAUUGGGAAGAGUGGUAUAUUUCUAACCGAGAACUGCACUACUGUUAUAGCACAGAUUGGAACCACGGCCGUAUUGCAUUGUGAAGUAAGCGACAUCACUGAGAAUACGGUUACUUGGAUCAGAAGAAAAGACUACUCACUGCUCUCAGUGGGACUGGUCACCUACAGUGCUGAUAACAGAUUUUUUUCAGCACAUGGAAGACAUGUCAAGGAUUGGGCGUUACAUAUCAGAUUCGCAACAUCUGUAGACGGAGGAUACUAUGAAUGUCAAGUGCCCACACAUCCACCUACAAGCAUCUUUUUCAAACUAGUUCUAGUUGCUGCCUAUGCUGAAAUAAUUGGAGAAUCAGAAAAGAUAAUUCACGAAGGUUCAAUGCUGAGAUUGGUUUGCGUCGUCAAGAGAUCCACAGAGCCUCCGUCUUACGUCUUCUGGUAUUUCGAGAAUCGGAUGAUCAAUUAUGACUUGAACGGAGUAAGUGUCCAUAAUGGCCGGCAAACCAGUGAACUCGUAAUCGGAAAAGCCGAGCCGCGACACGCUGGGAACUACACGUGUGUUCCGGCUAAUGCUAAGGCCACCUCGGUGACAGUUCACGUCGUACAAAGCGAAACUCCAGCAGCGAUGCAACACGGUAACAAUUCAUCAGCUUCUCUGGCAAAUGUAUACAGCCUAACGAAGCUACUCAUAAACAUUUUUUAUUUAAGUAUAAUCCUUCAUAGUCAUUUGGAUAUUGGAUAAUACCAUUUUUUAUUGUUGCAUAUCGAUAUAUUUAAUAUAUUUUAUGUAGUUUAAGUGUAUGUUUUUGAAGCUGAACAUUUUUGAAAUGACCUUGUAAUAAUUUCUGAACAUUUGGAAACCUUUAGCAAAUUUUAAUGAAAAUGGACACGUACGUCUAAAAUUAUGGAUCCAAAGGGUUACCGGGUUGUUUGAAAUGUGUAAGGUCAACAUAAAUAUUAAUGUUAGCGUUCGCCCCACGAUCGCAAUUCACUUAUUAAUGACACAUCAAGAUUUAGCUUAAUUUUCUGUAUUAAUAUUCCUACCUGUUUUUUUAUGGACAGUUUUGGAGAAAAGAAAAAAAAAUCGAUUACUUCCUAAAUUUUCAUAAUAUUCAAGCUCAUCAAUCGGUUGACAAGCAGACGAGAAAAUGGUGCUUAAUUAUUUUAUAUUUCCGUAAUUUUUAUAUAGAUACAAUUGACUACAACAAGAACUCUAAUAGAUCAACAUAAUAGAUCGAAUUGAUCACAAAUUUCAUCUGAAUUAAUUACUACACCGUUUAUCAAAGUUCAUGAAUAUGAUGUUAUGAAAUGUAUAGCCAUAAAAAAUUUUUUCCUCCAUCCUCACAUCGUCUUUUCGCAUUAAAAGUGUACAAUUUCCUAAAAUAUUCGAAAUUGAGUUAAUAUGCGGAAUCAUUUGGUAU